GAGUGACUGUUGCGUUGUGAGGAACCGUUAUCGGCUAAUGCGCUCUGGUGCGGUAAAGUCUAAUAAAAAAUGGCGAAAUAACAUGUUUUACUUCUCGUCUUCUCCCGUCCAUGUGAGAAGCGGGCUCCAGGAUGCUGUUUUUCUCUCCCAGAGUGGGAAUAUGGAGGUCGCGGCGGUGGCGGUUUAAGUUUUCCCUCGGGCUGCUGCUGUGUGUUGUGACCGUCGUCGGCGCCAGUGCUCCAGGCAAAGAAACCUCCCUUCCUGACAUUGAUGAUGAAAUUGACUUCCUGUCUUCAGUUAUAGCCAAGCAGCAAGUUUCAAAUAUCCAACCUACAGCCUUGAAAUCAGCUACAACCAAGACUCAACCCCACCUAAAGAAUGCAUCUAAUUUUACUACAGUACAGUCUGCUACUCACAAGCCUGCCAUCACGACCUCUAAACACCCUGAGACUCACACCAGUGCUUCUCGAAUUUCCAAACCCUUCGGCGUGAUCUUCCCCAGUGACAGCCUGCUCGUUAUCCUGAUGUCCACAUGCGUCCUCAUGGGGACUCUGGCCCUGAUCCUGGCUGGUGUCUACUGUAUCUGGAUGCAGAGAGAAAGACGUUUGGCUGAGAAAGUCGACUAUCCUGCAUUUUAUCCGGUUGGAAGCAGUUCCUCCAGCAGCAACUCAUCCGGGGACAAAAAGCUGGCUCACUGUGCCCAGAUGUAUCACUACCAGCAUCAGAAACAGCAGAUGCUCUCAAUGGAACGACACAAAGCUGAACCUAAAGUCUCUGAAAACAGAGCCGCAUCAGAUGAGGAGACAGAAGAAGGAGACUUUACUGUAUAUGAGUGUCCAGGACUUGCUCCGACUGGCGAGAUGGAAGUAAAGAAUCCACUGUUUGAUGACACAACUUUACAAAAGGGGAGGAAUCACAAAGAAUAAGGCUGAUCUGCACACUGACUAAUUAAUCCUGAAGUCUUGUACACUAUUAGUCACAUGACCUUUGAUUAUCAUGCAUAGAUAGACACAGUCUAAUCAGAUUCUGUAUUCUUUAUUAGACUAGCCCAUCAGAACAAACUCCAUACAGAGGACCUUUAUAAAACUUUAAAAGAAUAAAGAAUGGGCUCAAAUAAAAUAUUGAUACACUGCACUUUUGUGAAGACUUUUGAUAAACAUUUUGCACCCAGACAGUCUGCUCUCGAUGGGGUUUUCCUCAUGGUCCUCACUGCUGCUUUAAAACACACUUUGUCUUUUUGUUGGCUUACUGUUAUGAAUAUAUUAUAUUAUUAUAUUUUUAAAUCCACUUUACACACUUUUACCACUUCUCUUUCUUUCUUAAAUCUGAAGAACAUGAAGGAAAAAAAUGUAAAACACUUUAUGUAUGUAUAAGUAUUGCACACCUGACCAAAUGGAGUGACAUCUGUGUGAUAUUUUCAGCUAUAAUAACAGCCACUCUUCUGAAGAGGCUACUGUAAGACUUUGAAGUAUGUCUGUGGGGAUUUGUGCCAAUUCAUUCAAAAGAGCAUUUGUAUGGCUGGGCACUGAUGUUAAGUGGGGCUGAGGUCAGGGCUCUGUGCAGGUCUGCUGUAACAGGAAAGAGCCCUCCCUAAACUGUUGCUACUAAGAUGGAAAUAUAUAUAUAGUUUGUUAUAUAUUAGCAAUUAUAACUGUUAGCAAUUGUUCUGGCUGAAACACAUGAAUAAAAGAAAUAGAAGGGGUGUCCACUUUUGUCUGUAUAA